AUGACAUCCAAUCUUCCUUCCAGCUUUGCCUCGGCUGCAGCUGGUCAGAAUGCGAAUCGGGAUGCGAGGGGCGGCAGAGGAGAUGGAAGGGGAGCUGCUGGAGGUGACUGGUCGCGCAGAGACGGCCGAUCUGCUAAUGGCACCCUCACUCUCCGACGCUCCUCAACGACCCCCAUCGGCCAAGCUUCACAAUCAGCCCCCUCGACCGACCACGCUGUUCAGCAACCAAUCUCAGUUGACACAACCCCAGUGCUGCCCUCAAAUUACGACGCCGGACCUGCACGAUACACCAAGGAUGACCUGUUGGGAUUGUAUCGGUCGCAAAAGCCAGGUGAUGAUCCGACACGCCUCUUUAUACCUGGAUGGGACCCGACGCACGUUAAUGGUGGCAAUGUCAGGGGCUGGGGAAAGACCAACGACAGUAAUGUUCCACAGGAGCCCGGUGCCUGCUGGGACCAUGAUGGACAUACUGCUCCCAUGGGCUUGCACGAAUUUUCGACAGAGGAAAAGGAGGCCUUUUCUACCGAGAUCAACUCGCCUCUGAAACCCCCAACGCAAAACAAAGACGGCCAUCAGGGAAAUGUGAAUGGCCGAAAGGCUUCUGUUUCCCAGGGCUCCGGAAACUCGUUCGGGGUCAUAUCUCCCUCAUCCGCUACACGACCGGGAACACGACGACGUGAAACUAUUGAAUCGAACCCGUUCAGUGGUGCUCUUGUUUCACCAACCGCGGCCAGCAGGUUUUCUCGGGAGGAUUCCUCGCCAUGGACGCAACGAAGAAGCAAUGACUUGCGAGAGUCUGAGCCAGAUGACGGCGAAGCCGACGCAGCUGCGCGAGAGUCUACUACUAAGCUGCCUUUUGGGAACUUGAUGCGUUCGAAUACUGCCGGUAGUGCCGGGAUGUCCAUGUGGCCUUCUUCGAACCCAACGACCCCUGCGGAUGGCGGCUUUGGCAACUUUGCAAUGCCGCCCUCAUCCACGAUUGGCGACAGGAGGGCUGGCGGCGCUGCCCCCGGUGCGAGUGGUAGUCGUUUAGCUCAUUUGAUUCCCAAGGAUACUUCGGAUAACAAUGUUGCCAAAUCUGGCGACACCCAAAACCCCUCAUCACAGCACUCCUGGCGAACACGUCCUCGCACUGAUACUGACCCAUUUGGUGACGACGAAUUGUCUGGAAGUGCCGUCCUGGGUGGCGCACAAGACACCAGCUCGGCUGGACACUCCCAUGUCAGUCGCGUAGGUGUUCUUGGCACUCCUGUGAAAGGCUCGACAAGCGACUUUGGUAUGUCAGGGCUCAAUCUUGGACUCCAGCAAGGGCACGAUGGACCAGCCAGUCCGUCAGAGACCAAUCCUUAUCGCAGCCCCCUUGCGGAGCGUCACGAACAUGAUGAAACGGAAACCGGCGCUGGUGAGCAACCCCUCGCAGCAGGACAAAACGAACCAUCAGCCACCUUCGGGUCCAUAUCCAGGGGAUUCGGUGCGCCUAAUUUUGAGGGUAGUGACCGCAGUCAGACUUCCAGCGUUGGUGCAAAAGGUUAUCCGUUGGGAGGUUUGUCCGGGUGGCCAGCUCCGGCCGGGCCAUCUACAGGAACGCCGGACAGAGAACGACCGAGCUUUGGCAAUGCAUUUGGCAGUUCUUUGUUCAGUCCCGUUGGAGAUAUGCAGUCACCAGGCCUGUCCAACCUGGGUAACGUAUUUGGAGCCCCCGGCGCUGGACUUGGUACAGGAAGCAUUGGCCGUGGCAGCAAGCUUGGGUCGCUCUUCCCUACGGCGAUGCAGGCCCAAAUGCAAGGACAUGAUCAAGAGCAUGGCAUGAAUGACACAUUGCAGGGCCACCCCCUAGGAGCUAUUGGCCGAGGCACUUUACCCGGUCCAACACGGGAUACUGGAAGCCCUAUGCGACCUAACAGAGGCGUCUUCGAAGAACUUUUCCCAUCGAGUGACAGUGGCAGAUCUCACACGGGUUUUAGUGCGCCUGACAAUGUCCAACAGGUUGGGGUCGGAGGAUCUCAAUCAUUCACGCCAGUCACUGGUGGUAUACCGUUCGGUGGUGCCCAAGGAAGUGCAGACCCUUCCGGAACUCAAACCAGACAGAUGGUCAUGCCUGAUAGGAUGAGGUGGGUGUAUCUUGAUCCUCAAGGGCACAUGCAGGGGCCUUUUACCGGACUAGAAAUGAACGAUUGGUACAAGGCCAACUUCUUUACUCCUGAUCUUCGGGUCAAGAAGAUUGAGGACUCGGAUUUCGAACCCCUUGGUCAGCUGAUACGCCGCAUUGGCAAUUCACGCGAACCAUUUCUGGUACCGCAAAUCGGUAUUCCACAUGGCCCAGCUCCUCAAGGAGGCCCGUUCAACCCAACGACAGGUGGUGGUGUCAUCCCGCCACUGAGUGGAGUGUUCCCCAGCUUUGGCAGAACGCUGACGGCGGAGGAGCAGAAUAAUCUUGAACGAAGAAAGCAGGAGGAACAGUACAUGAUGGCCCAGCAACGAGAGUAUAUGAUGCGCCAGCAGACCAUGCCCAAGUUCCCAAUGCCAGGCCCCGGGCUCCAGCAUCAUUCCAGCGCUCACAGUCUACAAAGCCAGCCAAGCUUCGGCAGCAUGACGUCACCCAUUGGUGUUGCCCCCCAGCAACAGCCCAUCGGAGCUGCCGCUCCGCAGCAUGGUUCUUUUCCUGAUACUCAAACAGGGGUCCAGGCUGCCGGGAGAGGUGGUUUGGGAAACGGAGACCCUUUUAGAGUAGACGACUUAGUCGGUCUAUCUGUGGCCGAGCGUGAGGUUCUUGCAAGUAUGCGUGGUGCUAGUGACGAGGCAACGGAUGACCAGCAGCAAGCCACAGACACCGGAUUUAGGGGAAGCCUUCCUGGUACCGAACAACUUACCGAGGACCAGGAGGGCUUCCGUGGCAGACUGAAGGAAUUUGAGGAAUUACGUGCACAACAUGACGCAGAGCGGCUGACUGAAUUGGCAAGCGAGAAAGAGACUAGUUCUGCUGUUGACGCUACCCUCGACACUUCUGCUCCUCAGCAUCCUACUCGGGGCGGGAAGGGGAAAAAGAAGAUUUCUGAGGAUGGCACCUUGUCGCUCACCCAACAGGUGCAGAAGGCACAGGCUGCUGCCGCAGCAAGCGUCCAGCCAGUGGAAGCUGACAUGCCAAUGCCAUUUCCUCCUCCUUCAUCCGCUACACCUCUCCCCGCACCGACAGCUCAACGAGCACGAUCCAACCUACCUGAGCAAUAUAGCCGAUCCCAAAGCGGUACUCCAGAUACGGCUCAACCCCCACCCCUGGCUCCAUGGGCAAAGGAGCCAGGCCAAGAGGGGACAAAGGGACCCAGUCUGAAAGAGAUACAAGAGGCUGAGGCUCGCAAGGCUGCCAAGGCUGAAGAAGCCGCUGCCGCUCUCCGCAAAGCUGCAAUCGAGCAGGAGGCUGCCCUAAUGCGAGAAAAAGAAAAGCAGGCCGCUGCUGCCGCUGCCGCGGGUCUUCCUGCUACGAGCACCUGGGGACACGGCUCUCCUGUUUCUGCCUCUAGCCCGUGGACCAAGCCGGGAACUAACAAGGGAACAUCUUCUGGACCCGCGACGUCUAGCUCUGCUAGUAGUAAGAAAACAUUGGCCGAAAUUCAACGUGAGGAGGAGUUUCGCAAACAGAAGGCAAAGGAUGUUGCUAGCCAAUCCGGGAUGCCUGUGAAUGUUUCCAAGAGCUAUGCCAAUCUCGCGGGCAAGCCUAAUACUUUGCCUUCUCCAUCUAUACCCCAGGCCGCAAGCCCAUCCAUCGCCGGUUGGGCAACCGUUGGCGCCGGCGGUAAGGUCAAGGUACCAAACGGACCAGCUGCCGCCCAAGUUCCACGGUCUCUGAGCUCCUCUAAUGUCAAGGCACAAGCUCCGACACCCGGUAGACCUAUCAGCAAGCCGGCUUCGACUGUUGGCAGCGUCGCUAGUAAGACUGAGCCGGCCAAUGUAGCAAUGGAAGAGUUUAACAAAUGGACACUGCGAGAGCUUUCCAGAGGAGGUCUCACGUGUGAUGUAACUUCGCUCCAAGCCGACUUGAAUAUGUUCCCUCUCGACUCGAGCAUAAUUGCAGAUGCCGUCUACGCCAGCUCUACUACCAUGGACGGCAAUCGCUUCGCUGCUGAAUAUGUGCGGCGAAAAAAGCUGGCUGAGAAAGGUGUCGUAGAGAAACAGUCACCUGGAGAAGCCGCGAAAACAGCUGCGGCCGGAGGUGGAUGGAGUGAAGUUGCAAAGCGAAGUGGAAGCGCCCAGCCUAAAGAUACCGACGCCGGAAUCCAAGGCGCUGGCUUCAAGGUAGUUCCAAGCCGAAAGAAGGGCAAGAAAUAA